UACAAUUGGAUAUUACCUUAUUCGGUCCAAUAUGUGCACAUGUAACUCAAAAGCCUUUUAAAUUUGGGCUUUCAUUGUAUCUCUGUUUUCAUUUGAGAAAACCCUGUAUGUUACUACUGACUUGGCUGGUCGUCUCGCAGUAGCAAGGUCAUGGCGUUUUCAUCACCACGUGCCAGUUCUCUGCUUCUUGGCCAUGGAAGAUGCGCCAGAUUCCUUUGUUCUUCAUCCUCUUCUUCUUCUUCUUAUUCAUUUCCGGAACACAUCAGUUUCAUCAAAGAAGUGGCUGCAACUCAACCUCCUCAGCAUCUCUCUCAGCUUUUAAGAAUACUCAAUGCAAGAGGUGAAUCAAUUCUUUCUCCUGGAGCAAAGCAAGGGUUAAUGCCGCUAGCAAUUCCGCUAUCCCAAAGCAACUCAGGUGCUGUAACUGCAUUGCUCAGGUGGCCAACAGCUCCCACUGGAAUGGAGAUGCCAGUGGUGGAGGUUCGUAAACAUGGAGUUUGGCUUUUGGCCAAGAAUGUAGACCAGUUUAUACACAGAAUCCUGGUUGAAGAAGAUGCCAAUAAUGGAAUUGAUGAGUUGUUUCAUGCUGCAUCUGAUGCUGGGGAGAAACUUUAUAGAAAGGGCGACUUCUCUAAAUCUCAGAUUAUGGAUGUAGAUGUUUAUCUUCUAAGAAAGGUCGGUUUAUUUCCUGAUGUCCUGGAGCGCAAAGUGGUGCAGCAUUUUGAGAAUGGAGACCAUGUUUCAGCUUUGGUGACUGGAGAAUUCUAUACAAGGAAAAACCAUUUUCCAGGAUUUGCACGGCCUUUUGUUUUCAAUGCAGAAGUUUUACUGAAGGUCGGGCGUAACAUAGAAGCUAAAGAUGCUGCAAGGGGGGCUUUAAAAUCCCCGUGGUGGACUUUAGGUUGCAAGUACCAUGAAGUUGCUUGUAUAGCAGAAUGGAAGGAUGAGCAAAUUGAAUAUAGAACAGAAAAAAUGACAGAAGAGGGAAGGCGAGAAGAUUUAAACAAGGGAAAACCAGCUUUCCAGAUCGCAUUGGAUGAAGCAGCCUUUUUGUUGGAUUUAGCUUCUGUGGAAGGAACUUGGGAUAGCUCUCUGGAGCGAAUUGCUGAAUGUUACAAGGAGGCUGGACUCCAUGAUAUGGCAAGAUUUAUGCAAUACAAAGACUAAUUGUUAAGGCGUGGGAAUUUAGUCUGCAGUCUCUUAGAUCUUCAAAUUUUCAUGGUACUAUUUUAUUUCUUAAAAAUCAUUGAUGAAAUUGGGGAUUGAUUGGCCUCAUUACAAGUGUGAGCAUGUUUUGCAACGGGUUGAUUUUAAUCUAUAAUAGAGAAAAGUUGUACUGUCUCUUGUUAGUCAAUAAACAAGAAUGAACAUUCCAAACGGUUAAGAAAA